UGAAGCGACUGAGUGGAGAAUCAGAAUUGGUUUUAUCGACCGACAACUGAGGCAUGCCAUCACAGCUGGUGCCUAGACUGGUUGCUGUUAUGUUACUGUAUUUAUUUAUCUAUUUGUUUAUGUUUUUCACAUUUCUGGAAUCAUUGUUAAUUUUCUAUAGAUGAAGCACAUCAAACCAUAAACACAAAACGGAAAUCCCUAUGAAUCUACUGUAGCCUACUGCUAUGUUAAACAUUAACUACUAACUAAUUGUAACUUCUCACAGUUUUGUAGAAUCAAUUAGAAUGAUGCACUUCAUUGACAACUAUCUUCAGUAGGCAUGUCUGGCAUGUUGUGCUAUGUGCAGUGUGCACUGCACAGUCUGCUGGUAAGGUUUGUUGUAGUCCAUAUGUACAUACAAAUACAGUAUUCAAUGAUUUGCAUAGGAAAUACAUUUUGUCAAACCAAAGCAAACAAUCUCUAUUCUCAAUCAACACAACCACGUUCAGUGCUCUCAGAACACAAAGAUCAUAAAUUACAUAAAUCACAAACUAUACACUACUAUUCACUGAAGUAUCCACAGCUAUUCCCAAAUUCUGACAUUUACAUUUACAUUUAGUCAUUUAGCAAAUGCUUUUAUCCAAUGCGACGUACCAAGGAGUUGUUGGAAUUCUUGGAAUUCUUGCUCUUCUUACUGCUAAAUGGACCACAAUCACGACCCCAAAUUACUUCUGGUAAGAAGGCCAAAUAAUGCCAUCAUAGCUUCUUACAUUCUAUGUAUUGAUUACAGAUUCAGCUAGGUAAAGAAACCACAGUCUUUAUUUUUUCAUUUCAGUACUAAUAAUGCAUAACGCCUAGGGAGCACACAAACUGAUGCACAUCAGCUUUUUCAGCAUCUUGUGUAGUAGGUCUGUCAUCAUUUUGUUUUUGCAAAGGUCACUCUGUAGCUAUAAAACUAAGCUCUGUUCACAUUCACAUGCUGGUACCAAUUCAAACUGUAGGUCUCUGAUGGCUACUGAACAUGUCAAUUUUUACAGUGUUUAUAGUUGUUUUAUUGACAGCAAUUACAAAUAAGACAAAAAAAAAAAAAAUAAGAGGUCAUUCAGCCAUUCAAUUCUAGGUACUCGUGCUCCAGUGGGUAGCUAGCUGGCUGUUACCCCAAAAUUCUGCCUAAUCUGUAUGGGUAUCUAACAAACAUUUAUUGUUUAAAAAGAUUGUUUGUUCAUUUCAAUUGAAUGUUACUAUUCUUCUUUAUUAAGUAUAAAAAGAAAGACUAGCAAGGUGAUGUAAAAUGAAGAAUUGCUUGAAACUUGGAGAAAAGAACAUUGCAAUAAAGUAGCAAAACAAAAUCAGAGCAAGAUAGUUACACCGAAGAUCUAUUUUGUAUUAUACUGCACUCUAGUGGACAAAAAACACACAGCAAUCCUUUAAAAGGCUCUCAUUUAAUCAAACCAGUGUCUUACAUGAACAUCAGAUCUUGUGUCAUGUAUUUACAGACAAAAACUAGCAUGAGUGUGGUCUCCAUCCCUUACAUGUGUCUGCUACUACACCUUCUAGCUCUUUCUGAGUAGUGUAGGUUAUAACCAUAUACAACUUACACAUGGCCACUUCUCAUGUUGAAGAAAGUGAAAAACAUAAUUGCAAACUGAGUCCGAGUAAGUGAAAAAGACACACAUGUUGAAAUGAAUCAGGAUAUUGAUUUAAUCGUUUUGCGGGGUUUCAAACACAUUUUGUGUAUUGUUGUAUCAUUGUGCUCAUUGUGAUGACAAGUGCAAGGGUUUGUAAUUUGGAGAAACAAGAGGUCAAGAGAGCAAGGACCUACACUUCAGUCCCGGUCCUGUAUUCUUCUCUCUACGUCAUCUCCCUUUCUCCCUCUCUGAGCGUACUGGGUCACAAAGGUGAAUUGUAGAAUAGUCAGGCAAUGGUGCACAUGGUGCAAGUGUGGAUUGUAGUCAGGCAAGCAUUGGCCUGCGUACAUAUAGCAUUCGUUUACCGUCGCUGACAAGCAAAGAAGCGCCACGAGAAUCUUCACCAAUCCAACGCAGAACAGUGUGAUCUCCCACAUCGAGCGCUGCUGAGAAGAACUGCUCCACUGACAGCGAACUGGGAACAGCAGGCGAGAUCAGCUGGCAUCCAACACUGAACAAACCAGCACUUUCCGGGUGCCCUACCCGAGCUAUGGCAUUCACGGACCGAUCAAUGGGAAGACGUUGAGGCUCUGUGAGAUGGAGUCUCUGUUUGGAGGGGAGCUGGGGCUCCUGGGUGGCGGCGAGGGCGGCGGCGGCCUGAAGGAGGACGGCGGCGGCUGCGGCGGCAGUGUGGGCUGGAGGGGCUCCCCCUCCCCCGAAGACAUGUACUCGGCCUCCCACUUCGCCCUCAUCAGCGCCUACCAGGAAAUCAAGAGCCGCCUGGCAGGCCUGGAGCGCGAGAACGGCAGCAUCAAGCGCAAGCUCAAGAUGUACGAGAUUAAGUUCCCUAUGAUCAGUGAGUUUGGGGAGGACCGCAACUCCUACUGCUCCUUCGAGCCCAAGGAGACGGCCCUGCUGCAGUCAGAGAAUGGCAACCUGCAGCAGAGAGUCAACAUGCUCACACACGAGCUCCAGAAGAGUAAGGAGCGUGAGGAGCAGCUGGAGGAUGUCAUCCAGGCGUACGAGAAGAUCCACAUGGAGAAGACCAACCUCCAGAGGGACCUGGACACGAUGACGUCUCUGGUGGAGAAGCACGUGGAGCGGAUCCACAGCCUGGAGGUGGCCCUGCGCCAGCGUGAGAACUCCCUGCACAAGAUCAACUCCCAGCUGCACAGUAAGGACAUGCAGUACCUGCAGCUGCACGCCAACCCGGACACACACAUGCUGGACUGUCCGGCACUGACCCUGCAGAGUUCCCGUAGUCUGGACGCUCUCUCCGACCUGAAGCUGCAGCGACUCGAGGCCGAGCUGGAGGGGGUGCGGCAUGAGGCCAAGGGGGCGUGUCAGCGCGAGACGGAGCUCAAGGGCGAGUGUGAGCGCAUGCAGGAGGAACUCCGUGAGAUGCAGAGCAACCAGAGAGAACGAGACAUGAGCUCCACCUGCGCCCAGUGUGACGUCGAGUGGAUCAAGAAGGUCGGAGACGAACAGGUGAACCUGGCCCUGGCCUACACAGAGCUGACAGAGGAGCUGGGCCGACUGCAGGCGCUCAGCUCCAAGCAGACGGAGAUACUGAGGAAAGUGUCCCAGGAACAGGCCAGCCCAGCAGUCAGAGUUCAUCCUUUAAUCUCGCGCCACUCGCCCAUCCCGCAGCGCCACUCUCCUGUCCCCCAGCGCCACUCCCCAGUGCCCCAGAGACGUUCUCCGGUGCUGCAGCACCUCUCCCCGGACAUGCACCGCCGUUCCCCCCUGCCCUUCCCAGAGCUCAGCGACGGCCCAGCCUCUUACUCGUGCCGCCCGCCCACGCAGCACCUCCGCGCCAGCUUCCAGGGCCGCAGGAGCUACUCGGAGGUGGCGGACCCGUCGGCGUACCAGCGGCCACCGCGCUUCACCCUGGACCCGGUCUCCACCCUGCCCAAGCCACGACCCUAUGUGGAGGGGUACCACAAGCAGGGGCAACAGCAGGUGCAGCAGCAGCAGGGCCAGCAGCAGCAGCAGCAGCAGCAGAGCCAACAGCAGCACCCAGGCACCCCGCGUAUCGUGGCCCAAAGAAGAGGCUCCCACCCGGGCAUGCAGCUGAUGGGGGGAGAGGGCGGCGGUGGCCGGGCCGAGUCUCCGCGCCACUCGCCGAGGGAGCUGGGCUUCUCGCUGGCCGAGGUGUCCCACCUGAGGUUUGAGCCGCAGCCGACCACGCCCCCGGCUCCGCUGCACGCCGCCCCGCAGCCUCCGCAGUCGUCCGACGAGGAGGAGGAGUGGAGUUGCCCGCACCCCAUCAGCCCAGCGCGGACUCUCGGGUUGGCCGGGGUCUCGCCGGUGCCCUCCGGGGUCAUGAGAGGCCCGGCCUCGUGCUCGGCGUUCCCCAUCCCUGCCCGGCCAAACACACUCUGCCCGCAAGGAUACUUACACGCAGAACAUGCCCAGUCCUGGCCCUCCAUCAAUCUGUGGAUGGAGACUGAGGAGGAGACCGACAUGCGAAGCUGCCCGCUGUGCCAGCUCAUCUUCCCCAUGGGCUACCCCGACGACGCCCUGAUCAAGCACAUCGAUUCGCACCUGGAGAACAGCAUCAUCUGACCCCCCACCCCACCCCCAGACGCCUCACCUCACCUCACCUCACCUCACGUCUCUUCAGCCUCAGUGUCUCGCUUUCAGUUUCAGCUUCUAACCAUCAUUGUAGUUUCCCCCCUCCUGCCCCCUGUAUUAGUAUGUUUGUUUUGCUUGAGGGGGAGAUAAUAGUGUUGAGGUUGAGUUGUAUGUAAGAGCUGAGGGUGGGCAUCCUGGAAACUGAGCGCAGAAUAACACUCACAAACCGUGGGAGGACUGUGAUGAAGAUCGCGCUGAAAGCCACAGCACGCACACACACACACACACACACACACACACACACACACACA